AUGUUGCUAGAGAUUGGUAAGUUGAAAAGCCUACAAAUUUCUCUCUCGAAAAUUGAUAUCGAAAGUGAAAGCGGAAUUGAAAUAGCCAAACUUAAAGACUUUGAGAAUCUAUAUGAGAAAAUUUCUGUUGUAGGUUUGGAAAAAGUGCAAAAUGCAAUUUAUGCACAUGAGGCGAACUUUUCAGAAAAGAGGCUUAGUGAGUUAGAGCUUGAAUGGGGUUUUGAGCUAAAUGAUUCUCGAAAUGACAUGCUUGAAAAAGAGGUCCUAAAUGAGCUGAAGCCUUGUCAUGAUAAGUUAUUAAAACUCAAACUUAUGUCAUAUGGGGGAUCAGAGUUUCCAAAGUGGGUUGGGGAUCCGUUGUUUCUUCAUUUGAAGCAUGUGUCAAUAAGUGGGUGUAAGAGAUGUACAUCAAUACCGCCACUAGGACAACUACCGUCACUGAAAGAGUUGUUAAUUAAAGGCUUACAUGGAGUGGAAGUUGUGGGUUUUGAGUUAUUUGGGACUGGUCAAGCAUUUCCUUCGCUUGAAAUUCUGAGUUUUGAUGAUAUGUGUGGGUGGAAGAAAUGGUCAGGGGCUGCGUUUCCACGCUUGCAAAAGCUUCAAAUACACCGUUGUCCUAAUUUGGUUGAUGUCACACUUGAAGCACUGCCUUCAUUAAGUGAUCUAAAAUUAGAUAAAUGUGACAGUGGUGUGUUGAGAAGUCUGGUUGAAGUAGCUUCAGCAGUCACCAAGUUGGAUAUAAAUGGUAUUUCAGGGCUUAAUGAUGUGGUGUGGGAGUAUCUUGGGGGAGUUGAAGAAUUAAGCAUAGAUUUUUGUAAGGAAAUUGUAGGAGAGAAGGAAGAGGAGGAGGAUAAUUGUAGAAGCAACCUCCUAACAUCUCUAAGAAUAUUGAGUGUGUCUACUUGUAAUAAUAUGGAGCGUUGCAGUUGUCCAGAUGGCAUUGAGGAGUUGACUAUUAACCAUUGUAGUUCAAUGAUAGUUGUCUCAUUUCCAAAAGGAGGACAGGAGAAGCUCAGGUCACUUACAAUCUAUAAUUGCCAGAAACUAAUAGAAAGGGGUUGGGGAGGACAAAAAACAAACAACAGAAGCAGAAUGUCGAUGCUUGAAUAUGUAUGGAUAAGUGGCUGGCGAAAUCUGAAAUCAAUCAUUGAAGUGAACUGCUUGGUUCACCUCACUGAAUUGAUGAUACACAACUGUGAAAACCUUGAGUCAUUUCCAGACACUUUAACAUCGUUAAAGAAACUGGAAAUAAUCAAGUGUCCCAAAUUGGAGGUUUCCUUUCUUGGUGACAAUUUGACAUCGUUAAAGGAACUGAGCAUAAGAAAUUGUCGAAGAAUGGAUGCUUGUUUACCUGGUUGGGUUUGGCCUCCUAAUCUGCAAUUCUUAAUAAUUGAGAAGUUGAAGAAGCCCUUCUCCGAGUGGGGCCCACAAAGUUUUCCAACCUCACUUGUGAAACUAGAGAUAUACGGUGGUGGUGAAGAUGGAUUUCAAUGGGACUCCAACACCUCACUUCCCUCCAACAUCUCUCUUUUAGCUUUUGCCCUAAUCUGA